AUGGCUCUGCACCAGGGGAUUGAAACGGAGGAGGGAAAUCGACUGCCGACGACUUGGCAAGUAUUGUAUUUCAAUCUGUAUGGAUUUAGGAUGGUUCUGCUUGAUCACCACGCCAACAAAAUUCUGGGAGCUACAAGACCCAAAAUCCGACAGCCACAAGACCAAAAAAUUCGACAACCACAAGACCAAGAUUUGGAAGGAGGAGCAGUGAUUUCGCACCCGGAAUUUUUCCCCAAAACUGUAGUAUAUCCUCCCCCCAACACUCGUUCACCUCCAGCCACACAAUUUCUCCAUCUCCUUCCUCCAACACCUUCGACCCACCCCGUUGUUGACAGGGGUCACCGCCGUCCAUCGCCAAGCCGUCCACUUCCCAAGCCCCUUUCCUUGCCUCUCGUUCCUUGCCUCUUGAUCUCAAAUCCGGUAGCCACACCAACAAAAUUCCGACAGCCACGCCAACAAAAUUCUAGGAGCUACAAGACCCAAAAUCCGACAGCCACAAGACCAAAAAAUUCGACAACCACAAGACCAAGAUUUGGAAGGAGCAGUGAUUUCGCACCGGAAUUUUUCCCCAAAACCGUAGUAUAUCCUCCCCCCAACACUCGUUCACCUCCAGCCACACAAUUUCUCCAUCUCCUCCCUCCAACACCUUCGACCCAUCCCGUUGUUGACAGGGGUCACCGCCGUCCGUCGCCAAGCCGUCCACUUCCCAAGCUCCAGGAGGCCUUCUCCAAGUUCCUCACUAUGUACCCAAAGUACCAGUCAUCCGAGAGGAUUGAUCAGCUGAGGUUGGACAAGUAUUCACACCUCUCUACUGUGGGUUCAAAGCUUACUCUUAAACUCUGUUCAACUGAUCUGAGGAAGCAAAUUUCGAACAAAAAAAAGAGGAAGAAUGAUUUAGUUGCUGGCCUUUUUGUGUUUCCUGUCCAAUCUAGAGUUACUGGUGCGAAAUACUUGUAUCAGUGGAUAGCCCUGGCUCAACAGAACAAGUGGCAUGUCUUACUUGAUGCAGGGGCAUUGGGCCCAAAGGACAUGGAUUCCCUUGGUUUAUCUUUGUUCCGGCCAGAUUUCAUCAUCACAUCAUUUUAUAGGGUGUUUGGCUAUGACCCCACUGGAUUUGGAUGUCUUCUAAUCAAGAAAUCUGUGAUGGGAAGCCUACAGGAUCAGUCAAACGAUGCUGGUUCUGGUAUGGUUAAAAUCACUCCCAUGUUUCCGCUGUACUUCACUGUACUUGAGUAUUCAAUGGACAAUUUCCUUGGAUUUGGUAAAGAUGAGGAAGUCAGUAGGAAUGCUGAAGUUAACUCUGAAACUCGCCCACAAUCUCAAUUACCUACCUUUUCUGGUGCAUUCACUUCUGUACAGGUGAUGGAUGUAUUUAAGACUGAGAUGGAGCAUGAUAACAGUUCAGAUAGGGAUGGGGCAAGCGCCAUAUUUGAAGAAACUGAGAGUAUUUCUAUUGGGGAGGUGAUGAAAAGCCCGGUAUUCAGUGAAGAUGAAUCGUCAGAUAACCCGCUGUGGAUUGAUUUGGGUCAUAGUCCUUUAGGGUCAGAAAAUGCUGGUCAUUCAAGCAAAUGCAAUGCAGCAUCUCCCUCGCCACCAGUUUGGUUCUCUGGUCGGAAAAAUAAUAGGCGGACUUCUCCAAAAGCCAGCUCGAUGUAUGACAAGGAAUUGAACCAAGGACAUGUUGAAGAUAGCUAUGUGUUAUCAUUUGACGCUGCUAUUCGAUCAGUCUCUCAAGAUUUGGACCAUUUCAAGGAGAUUCCCAAAGAUGAACAAUUUACUCCAAGAGACUGUGAAUGUAAGACUCCAAAUAACCAACCUUUUCACGAAAUUGAAAAAGAACCCGAAACCAACAAAUCAAUGGGUUCUUCCUUUAAGGGAUCAGGCCACAACAACAUGAAUCAUCGAAGCGUACAGAAUGGCUCAACUUCUGAGAUAUGCUCUGAGCCAAAUGAGACUGCAAUAAGAAGAGAGAUAGAAGAAGAGACUGAGCAUUUGGGAAGCAGAGGAAGAAGGGUAUCCUUUAGUACUAAAGGCAAGAGUAAAGCUCGUAUGGGCCACACUUUUAAGACAGGAGAAGUAUUAACCACGAGCCUGGAUGAUGAUGAUUACAUUUGCAAUGGGAAAUAUGAUGAUGAUGGGCAAGACUCCAACAGAAAUGAGCCCGAGAUUAUUUGCAGGCAUCUUGAUCACAUAAAUAUGUUAGGUCUCAACAAGACUGCCUCCCGACUGAGGUACCUCAUCAAUUGGCUUGUGACAUCUUUGCUGCAAUUAAGAUUGCCUGGUUCACAUGGAAAGGACAGUCCACUGCUUGUUCAUAUUUAUGGGCCGAAGAUUAAAUAUAAAAGAGGUGCAGCAGUUGCCUUCAAUGUGAGGGACAUGAACCAUGGUCUAAUUAAUCCGGAAAUUGUUCAGAAGCUAGCUGAGUCACAUGGUAUCUCUCUUGGUGUUGGAAUAUUGAGUCACUUACGCAUUCUCGAUAGUUUCAAAGGGCGACUUGUCGUCAGACAGGGGCUGUUAGAAGCUCGGCCAAAAGAUUUUCCGCUUAUCAAUAAAUUUGCCCUCCUUCAACAGUUGAUAUCGUGCACCUCUGAAAAUCUCUUUCUUGGAAAGCCAAUGGCCAGGAAACCAAAACCAAAACCUUCUUUCUUCAAGGUCUUGAUCGGCAACUUCACUCCCCGAUUGCGAUUGCCGGCUCUGUUUGUGUUGAAUUAUGGCGAAAUAUUGCCUGAAAAUGUCACUCUCAAGAUCGACAGUGGAAAAUCGUGGAAUGUGAAAUUAGAACAAGACGAGGGGCAACAUUAUUUUACCCAAGGAUGGGUCGAAUUUGUUGAAGAUCUUGACCUGAAAAUGGGGACAUUUCUAGUAUUCCGGGUUGUUGAUAACUGGACCGUUAAUGUCUUAGUAUAUGGAUUAAGUGGCUGUGAAAUGGAAUUUGAAGGUGGUGAAAGCCAGACUAACGACUCUGAACUUGAAGAAGUGCCCCUUCGACGCUCUGCACGCAAUGCAAAGGGGAAACAACCAGUCUACGCUCUGAAGAAAGAGGCUUGGACUAUUUGCGAUCAUAAACCUGAAGGUUCUGCCGAAACAACGAACCCACAAUUCUGUGUAACUCUGAAGGAACAUCAUCGAUAUAGACUGACCCUUUAUAAGGAAUUUGCUACUGAGACUGAAUUAGUUUACAAAAAAGCCGUGGUAUUGGAGGAUCCACAAGGGCGUUAUUGGCCUGUUGCACUGCACUGGCCAAAGGCAAGAUGGUUUAAGCUUGAAAUGACUACCGGCUGGUCAGAAUUACGUAAAGCAAAUAGAUUAGCCUUUGGGGACACCUGCUCGUUCGAGUUCAUUCCUAGUAAGAAUGUUAUUCGGGUUACGGUGAUCAAGCAUGAAAUCAGCUAG